CCCGAAUCGGAAUUUGAUCCUCUUUGCCUAAACCCUAGAACUAAACCCUUAUUUCCCACUAUCCACACGCAUUCGCUCCAGUCUCUUCCUCCUCCGACUCGACGCUCCGUCUACGCCUCUCUCUAGUCUCUUUUUUACUUAAGUGACGGUGAACUCAGGAAGAGCGAUUGGCCAACUGCUUGUCUCGACUCUCAGUAUAGAGCCCCUUUCUCGAUCUCCGCCUCUCUGCAUUCGCAUCCUAAGUAUCAAGAUUUAAGCUGAGGAAAAGAGGACUAGGGUAAUGGCUGAAGAACUUCAAAUGCAAGAAGCUGGAAAAGGCCCAAGGAAGAGAAAUAUAGGUCACAAGAAGGGUAAGGGGAAGAAGAAGAUGAAAGUCUUUCAUGGCAGUGGUCAACAGAAGGUCAAAAUGGAUGGAAAAACAAAAAAGCUUUUCCGGAAAAGGGCAAGAGAUUAUAAUUCUGAUGAUAGUGAGGAUGAUGACAAUGAUAUAGAAGAAGAAGAAGAAGAGGCUGCCCCUCCAUUGAAGUUUGAAAAAAAACAGGUGCAUAUUGAAGAUGAGGAAGAUGAUGAAAAAUCUUCAGAUGAAGAAGUGGAUGAAGAUGUUGAUGUUAGCAAUGAUGUUUCUGAUGAUGAAGAUGGGGAAAUUCAACCUGGGAUUAUGAAGUUUUUUGAAGGAAACACAUCAUUCAAAAAAGCAUUUAAGAAGAUUAUAAAAAGAAGUGGAACAGAUGAUGUUCUGGGUCCUGUUUUAUCUGCUCACAAAAAGCUUGUAGUAAAAAAGCUUGCUGAAGAUGCUGCUGAAAAGAAAGUGAAGGGUGAUGCAAAAAAGGAAAAAACUUUGUUAGGAGAAAAAGGACACGUAAAGCCUGAUGCUUUCUCAGUACCCCAUGAAAAACUACUCAUAGGAGUUGCCACAAAAGGAGUUGUCAAGCUAUUUAACGCUGUUAACAAAGCUCAAAGUUCACAGAAAGGUUUAAAUCCAUCAAGAUCCAAAGAUGCUAAAGUGAUUCAGAAACGGAGGAAAGAAGCCUUCUUUUCAGAGCUGGGCAAACCCUCCUCAACGGUUAGCACAAGUGGAGGCGGUGGUGGUGAUGGAGAAGGGCCUGCUUGGGCUCCUUUACGUGAUAACUAUAUGCUCACAACUUCUAAGUUAAAAGAUUGGGAUAAAGCAGCUGAUGCCCCUGAAGCAACCGAUGGUUUUGGAAGACAGGACGAUAGUUCAUCUGACGAGGAUGAUUAGUUUUGUGAAUGUGGAAAAGGUCUAAAAUGCCCCUUAAGUUGAUUUGGCAGUUUCUGUUGUGUAAAAUUUUGCUUCAUAUUGAACUCAAAGCUCAUUUUAUUAUUAUAAUAGGGUUUAAAGAAACUUGUACGCCAAUUUCAGAGUAUAUGAAUAUUUUUGACAAAUUGUGGCAUG